AUGGGCUCUCUUCGCUGGGCUCGGAGCUCUGGGCAGCCCUGGGGUGCUGCUGGGUCUCUGUGGGGUUGGGCGGUGUCGAGGAUAAACCUGGACUGGACGACAAGGUUAUUUCAGGAGGAUGAAGAGAUGCUGAUUCUGACCCACAGUGACGAGCUGAACAGAACCUAUGGUGAGGACAACAGAUUGCCUUUUGACAACAUCACAAACACAACUAACACAAGCUCUGAUGACACCAGAGGAAAUAGGACCUCAUUCAGAAGACACAGUCUGUCUCUGACUGAGCAAGUUAUCCCAGCAUCCACCAGCACCUUACUGCAGGAGAGUCCAGCUUUCAAAGAAACCAGAGCCACUGCCAUCUCCACCGGACCCAGAACCAUCACUAUAACUUCAGCCGUUUCCUCCGUAGACUCCCUUUGGUUCAAAAACACAAGAAGCUAUGGCAAAGGAAGACGAGCCUCUGAGACACAAGCUGACAAGAUGGGAAGUAACAGUGAGGAGAACCAGAACCAGGGUAACAAGAGAGGAUCCUACAGGCUGUUUAGAGGGAACAUGCACAAACAGAGACUUUCUGAGGAUGGAGCAGAGACCAUGGAGGGGACGUCUCAGUUCUGUACCAGCCUUGACGACGAGAGAGCAAGGAUGAGUUUGACUAAUCAUGUUCAGAGCCCCGAAACCGAUAUAACAGGUGUGAGUCAUUCUCCCACCAUCACUGCCUGGGAGGCUGGCUGGAAUGUCACAAAUGCUAUACAGGGUAUCUUUGUGUUGGGUUUACCCUUUGCUCUGGUCCAGUCAGGUUAUCUGGGUCUUCUUCUGAUGGUUCUGUCAGCUUGGGUCUGCAACCACACAGGGAGGAUACUGGUGGCCUGCCUGUAUGAAGAGGAACAAAGUGGUGGCACAAUGUCAAAAGUCAGAGUCCGACACAGCUACCAGGACAUAGUGGAGGCCUGCUGCAAAGGACUGUGGCCACACUGGCCUGGACUCGGGGGGUGGAUGGUUAAUGUAGCUCAGGUCAUCGAACUGUUGAUGACCUGCACCCUGUACCUCGUCGUCUCCACCAGUCUGUUGUCUGACAGUCUCACAGGGGUGGCUGUUCCCAGAUCAGUGUGUUCUCUGGUGUCUCUGAUGUUCCUGCUGCCCUGCCUGCUGCUGACUGAUCUCAGGCCAGUCUCCACUCUAAGCCUGCUGUGCUCCCUGGCUCACAUCCUGAUCAGCCUGUUGGUCAUGCUAUACUGUCUGAGUCGAGCCAGCAGCUGGACCUGGUCCACUCUCUCCCUGUCUGCGGACCCGGAGGACUUCCUCGUCUCUGUGGGCGUCAUCAUCUUCUCCUACACCUCGCAGAUCUUCCUCCCUCCUCUAGAGGGCAGUAUGGAGGACAGAGGGCAGUUUAAUGCCAUGCUGGGGUGGACUCAUGGUGCUGCCUGCAUCAUGAAAACUCUGUUUUCUUUACUGGCCGUGUUGACGUGGGGCACAGAGACCAGUGAGGUCAUCACAGACAACCUGCCCUCUGACCUUCGACCUCUUGUCAACCUGUGUCUGCUGGCUAAAGCCCUGCUGUCCUACCCUCUGCCGUUCUACUCUGCUGCUGAGAUACUACAAACCUGCCUGCUUGGAGAUGUGUCAUCGUACUCCAAGCACGGAGGUCGAGGUGUGUCUCGCCCAGCCCUGUUGGUCCGUGCCACCUUGCUGAUGACAUCAUACCUACUGGCCCUGCUAGUCCCCAGGUUCUCCCUGUUGAUGGGUUUGACGGGCAGCGUGACCGGGGCAGCCAUGACACUCAUACUGCCGUGCCUGUUUCACCUCAGACUGCAGUGGGGCCGCCUCGCUGUGAGGGACCGUCUGAUAGAUGUGUGCAUACUGAGUCUGGGGGUCAUCUGUAGUGUGUCUGGUGUGAUUUGUUCAGUGAAGAGACUGGUGGGAGGACUGUAG